UUAGCAAAACAUUACUCCAACGUGUAAUUCUCUUAACACAAUUUUUAUUCAAAACUUUCUCUAUUGAUAGUAAAUUGGGGUAGCCUGUGUUCAGUUGCCUAACGCAAGAACCUGGGGAGUUCGAAUUCGAUGGAGGAAGUGCUCAGAAACGGCUGCAUCAAGGUGUAUUGAUUCGGAGCCGGUUCCAAAGAUAUUCAAUAAAAUUUGCUAGGCGUGAUUUGAAAUGUUCAUCUACAAUUUGUACAUCUACGACAAGCUUGGCACACUGCUCUACUACCGCGAGUGGAACCGCUCAAAGCAGUCCGGGAUUUCGAUGGAUGAGGAAGCAAAACUGGUGUACGGAAUGCUGUUCUCGAUCAAGUCGUUCGUAAGCAGAGCAUCACCAUGGGAUCCCAAAGAAGGCUUUCAGUGGUACAAAACAAACAAAUACACGCUUCACUAUUUGGAGAUUCCGUCGGGUGUUAGGUUUCUGUUAAACACGGACAACAGCUCCACCGGAGUGCGCGAGUUCCUACAGACAAUCUAUGCCAAGCUCUGGGUUGAGUAUGUCGUUCGAAAUCCAUUGUGGAAGAUUGGCACGCCCGUUACAUCUGGCCUGUUCGAGACGAAGUUGAACGAACUCUACGCCUCAUAUUUGACCUAAACUGCAGAAGUAGUUCUCGUAAAAAUAAAUCAGAUAAGCCUUAAAAAACCAGAAAUAAAUACGCCCAGUAUUCCUUAGCAAUGUCCAUGAUAAAGUGAAUUCAA